CCGACAUUUUAAAGUCUUUAGGUUGAAAUUAAUCAUGAAAUGACAUCAGUUGAAGAAACGUUGGAAACUUGGGAGGACUGACCAGCUGUUUCGUCCUAGUAUGGGGCUCCUCAGCAGUGCGCACUCAUAACUCCGCCAGCAGUCGAACCCAGAACUUUCAGGUGCCGUGGCCGGCACGUUACCAUUGAGCCACUGGGUCGGCAUCCAAUGGUCCAUAUUUCAUACUUUGUCAGUUCACAGUAUGGAAUGAUUACUAACAAAAUUCAAUCAUAUGAUGGAUCUUUGCUAACAUAUGAUCGUGUAGAAGCUUCCAAUGUGAUACAAUUAGCUAAGGAGUUGACUAAUAUUAAACUACCCUCAAAUAUUGAAGUCGAGUGGUUAUUGAAAGCUAUUUGCCUGAUCGAUUUAACCACAUUAGCAGGCGACGAUACACCUGUCAAUGUACAUAGACUUUGUGUAAAAGCAGCUUAUCCAUUAAGUGAAUGUGUUCUGCGGAAAAUUGAAAAUGUAUACAAUUUGGAUCUGCAAAAUUUAAGAACAGCUGCUGUAUGUGUUUACCCAUACCAAGUUAAGACGUGUACAAAAACUUUUGAAAAGUUAAGAUUGCCGAAUUUUAACAUUGCUUCAGUUGCUACUGGCUUUCCUUCUGGACAGUAUCCAUUAGAAACACGCUUAAUGGAAAUAAAGUCAGCUAUCAGUGAUGGAGCUAAUGAAAUCGAUAUAGUGAUUAAUCGAACAUUGGCCAUACAAGGCGAUUGGCAAGGAGUUUAUGAUGAAGUAUGUGCAAUGCGUGAAGCAUGUGGAAAUCAAGCACAUUUAAAAACUAUUCUUGCUACAGGUGAAUUAGGCAGCUAUGAUAAUGUCUAUAAGGCUUCAAUGGUUUGUAUGCUAGCAGGAGCUGAUUUUAUUAAAACAUCUACUGGAAAAGAGACAGUGAAUGCAACUCUUCCGGUCUCUUUAGUUAUGGCAAGAGCAAUUCUAGAUUUUAAAGAUGUCUACAAUGUUAAGGUUGGCUUUAAACCUGCUGGUGGUCUUCGCACAGCUAAAGAUGCAAUCAACUAUCUCCAACUAACUAAUAGUAUUCUUGGACCAGAAUGGGUAAAUCCAGACUAUCUACGAUUCGGAGCUAGUUCCCUGUUGGGCAAUAUUGAAACACGACUGUAUACCUUGUGCCAUAAUGGUUUAAUGCCUUCACCCGGUGAACUCGACUUCUUCUGAUGCACUAUUAAUCAUAAACAUAAUUCACAUUCUUAAGUGUUGUUUGGUUGACUUUUUUCUUCAAAAGUAUCAGAUUAUAUACUCCAUAUAUAUAUAUGUUUGUGUACAUUUUGUUUUGAUUGUUUGUAUUUGAUGGGAGGAAGGAAGGAAAUAAACAAAAUCAGAACAGCUGUAUCGUGACCAAUAAAUAAUGCAAUAUAAAAUAUGAAAUGUUUGCUUUAUUGAUCCUUGUUUCUUUCUGUACUCGUUUUUUGUAAACUCUGUGACAUUUGUAUGUAUACAUCAAAACACACAAUCGUUAGAGUGAGGGGAAAAGAAAAGUGAAGUAAGACAAGCAAGAUAAAGGAAGGAGGAAUAAUAAUAAUAAUAUGCAUAUUAACAAGAAAGUCUCUUUU